AUGCCGGCUGCGUCGAUUCUGCUCAUAGUGGUGGCUCCUAAUCUGAUCGCUUCCACGGUGAGGAACAAUUUCGUUGGUGUGGCGAUAUGCCUUGUGAUUGCUGGGUACUUGCUGCAAGAACACAUCAGGGCCUCUGGUGGGUUUAGGAACUCGUUCACCAAAGCCAAGGCGAUCUCCAACUCCAUUGGGAUAGUGCUCCUCUUCGUUUAUUUUUUAUUCAUUUUUUAG